AAGGCAUUGAUUGCUAUGGCACUUCUCCCACGUGGCACGUCCCGUUCCGAGCUGGUAUUAUCUCCUGAAUGAGUGGUGAAAGGGUCAGCAGCCCACCGCGGCUCACCAUCAAACGCCCGACAUGGAGUCGCUCUUGUCAAUCUCAUCACUCGAACAUCGACAUCGCGACACCUUCAUCCACGCCGUCACCAACGUCCUGUCCAGCCCGAUUGCCGAGGCUACCUAUACACAGAUCGUUGAUGGGCUCCCGCUCGCCGAUGUGGCUCGCGAUGUGUACCAUGGCUGUGUCUGUUCGACGCACCCACUCCUAGAUAAGCACAGAGAGUUAUGUCCCGGGGUUGCUGAGCAGUUCCAGCAGCUUCGUGCCGGUUUCGACGUCGCUACGCUCCAGAUGGACUCGCAGCUGGUUCACGAUUACCAGUCUGCGCCUCCCGGAUCUAGCCUCUUCACUAUGCGACUCAUUGAGCUCGUUGCCAGGGCCGUCCACCAGUUCGGCGUUUGGCUGUAUCAACAAGACACAAACCACCACAAGAACGACGAGCUUGGUCUGUGGCGGCCAUCAGAGACCAAGCUGCGGUUUUACCCGCGGACGUAUCCGUCAACGCUCUUUUGCCACGAAUGGUAUCGCGACUACGAUCAGUACCCCGAGGGCAUCGCCGACUGUGUGGGCUACUGGGCUGAGGCCCGGAUCUUUGGUGGCGUCGUUCUCUUCGACAGACGGGAUCCGGGAGUGGUACCCAACGCCGAGGCAUGUACUCGCUGAGAUCUUCCACAAG